AUGGAAGUACUUCGAGCAAAGCAUUUAACCAUGCAAUCAAACAAAUUCGAAUAUAUAAUAUAUCCAGAAGACAUUGUUAAGCUUUUGCAAUCAGAAAACAGCAAUUUUGUUGAAACAGGAAUCAAAGCAAUUCGAAAUUACUAUAAAUAUUACAAUUUCAAUCCCAAUGACACAAAUCAAGCUAUGUUUCUUCAAUAUGUCGAACAAUUACUCAACAGUUCAGACACAACACAAGUAAAAACAGGUUACAAAGUUUUAAACUCUAUUUCUAAGAAAACUAAAGAAUCAAAAAUCCUUGAACCAUUCAUUGAUAUCAUAUUCAACCACAUUGAAACGUUUCCGUCAAAUGAAUCGAUUUUUGCAACAAAAUCAUUAAUUUAUCUUGCUCAAUUCGAAACGAUAUCAUUCAAUAUCAUACGUCGUAAAUACAUCGAUAUUAUAAAAGGUAUUUAUAACAACGAUGAAAUUCCAUUUGAAACAAAAUUUGAUUUUCUUAGGUUUUCAUUCGAUGUUAUCAGCAAAGUACUCUCAUAUGGCGACAUAAUAUCAAAAUAUCCAGACGAUAUCAAAAAAUUCAUUACUUUUUCUGCACUUGUUUUCCGAAUGACAGAAAGCUUAUGUUUGAACAUGCUGCGAUGCAUCAAUUCAAUCAUUAAGUCUACGGCAAUGUACGAUUCAGCAUUUAAAGCUGACGAACUCGACAUUGACUUAAAUUCUUAUAUUGAGGAAGAAAUUAAUGAUUCCAACAAAGAAAUCAUCUGUUUAAGCUUGAACACUCUUUGUUACUACUAUCUUCGUGGCAAUGAUUCAAAAAAUAGUAGUUUUUUGAGAAUGGUCGAAUUAAUUGUUAAUCCAGACUUGGAUAUAUGCUUCAAUGCACUUCUUGUUUGCCAGGGACUUGUUAAUUCCUCUACAAAAACUUACCAAAUCCUUGGAGAAGUCGGAUUAUACGAUAAUCUUUUUCAUGUCUUCGAAUCAGGAAACAUUCCAUCCAAAAGAGCAGGACUUCCAAUAGUCCGAUCGAUUGUAAAGAAAGAAGAUCAAGAAGCCAUACUUAAUUUACAUAAUUCCGGAGUUUUCACAUCACUUUGCAGUUUCUUUAAUUCAUCACUACAGACACCAAUACUUAUAUAUAUGAUAGAAGUUUUUGAUUAUUUCUUCAAGGCCGAGAUUAAUAUCGGAGAAAUUUUCCCAGCACGUCAAAUUUUCUAUGACCAAGGAUGUUUGGACGUUUUAGAUGAGCUUUACGAUUCCGAUAAUACGAAAUUAAGCGAGAGUUCGCUAUAUCUUAAAGAAACAUAUUUUAAUGAUGUUUAA